UUGGGUGCAGUCGCAACCACCUCUUGGUACUUCGUAAUUGUUAAGGGAACUGAGCACGAUGUCAAGUACGAUCACGAUCAGUUCCUUGGGAAAGAUGCUGCGGCUGAGUUCGAUGAACUUACUCCUGAGAAGUCCAAAGAGAGACUCGCAAUGUUGGUUCCCAAGAUGGAUUCCGAUGGAGAUGGGUUCGUUGAAGAAAAAGAGUUGAAAGAGCAUAUCAAUUUCAUGCAGAAGAGGUACGUUAACAACGAUGUGGAGCGGACUUGGAAAAACUAUAAAAAGGAAAAAAUACAAGAUGGAAAGAUCAAAUGGGAAGACUACAGAGAGAUGGUUUACGGAUCGCCUACUGGUGAGGGACAGGAACUCUCACCCGAAUACGCGAAAAUGAUAGCUAGAGAUCAGAAGAGGUGGAGUGUGGCUGACUACGAUUUAGACGGCUCCCUUGAUCGUACUGAGUAUGGUUGCUUCAUGCAUCCGGAGGAUUGCGACCAUAUGCGUGAUGUUGUCGUGGCGGAGACUGUUGAAGAUAUCGAUAAGAACAAGGAUGGCUAUGUUGAUGCAGAAGAAUACAUCGGAGAUAUGUAUCGACCUGAAGACUAUCCAGAGCUUAAUGGGAAGGAGCCCGACUGGGUUCAGUCUGAACGCGAUAUGUUCAAGGAGCAUAGAGACAAAGACGGAGAUGGAAAGCUCAAUCAGGAGGAGAUGAGAGACUGGAUCAUGCCAGUUGGAUUCGACCACGCCGAGGCUGAAGCUCGUCACCUUGUCGGCAUUGCUGAUGAUAAUAAGGAUGGGAAAUUAUCGCUAGAAGAGAUACUUGUUCAUUACGACACGUUCGUAGGCUCGCAAGCCACGGAUUAUGGUGAACAGCUUCAGAAACACGAUCCGGCUGAGCUAUGA